UGGCGUGCGCACAUCCGGGCCACUGCUCUCGGCGUCCUCCGGCCCCAAGAUGGCUGCCUUUUGGCGUCUUCAACACUGUUGAAUGGAGAAAGCUUUAUUGUUCCCUUCGGGCAGGAGUGUUCGUGUCCUCUAUGACGCUGUCAAUAAAGAACGGCAGUUUGAAUCGGUACUGAACAGGGCUAGGUGGAGUCUGGAGGGAGAGGGGAAGGAGUUGAAGGUCGAGCCACGCAAUGGAACUCCCCAGCUACAGCCAGCAGCUGCUUCUGCAGCUCUACACCCUGUGCAAGGAGCAGCGCUUCUGUGAUUGUACCAUUUCCAUCGGCAACAUCUACUUCAGGGCCCAUAAGCCAGUCCUGGCAGCGGCCAGCCUCUUGUUCAAAACUCUGCUGGAUAGCACGGACGCCAUCUCCAUCGAUGCAUCAGUGGUGAGCCCUGAGGAGUUUGCCCUCUUGCUAGAAAUGACAUACACUGGCAAGCUACCUGUGGGCAAGCACAACUUCUCCAAGAUCAUCUCGUUAGCAGAUAGCCUGCAGAUGUUUGACGUGGCUGUUAGCUGUAAGAACCUUCUGACCAACCUCGUAAACUGCUCUGUCCAGGGCCAAGUGCUGAGGGACAUUUCAGUGCUGCCCUCAGAGGCAGGUGGCAAGGGAUCAGAGAAGCCUCAAGUUGAAGUCCUUUCCCCUGAAGGCACUGGGGAGCCCUCUUCUUCCUUGGCAGUUUCUGCCGUGCCAGCAGACCAUGAGAAAGCCAAGACCCAGGAAGUAAUCCAUGUGGCUACUGGAGAGAGAAGUGCAGAUCCUCCCGCUGCCCAGGAGGUUCCGGUGGCUACAGAGGUCACAGGGGUGACUCCCCACACUGCUCAAGUUUGCUCCCCUUCCCCUGCUGGACAGAUCCCAAGUGAGGCCAAGGAGGGCAGCACAAAAGCAGAGUGUGAGAGGAAGCAGGACCAACUGCAUUUCCUGCUAGAACAUGAAAGUGUCUUCUCAAAUGCAAUCCUGUUCACCCAGGACAUGUUGAAAAGACUGGAAGAAUGCUCAGAGAUUAAAGGCCCUCAGAAGGAGACCAUAAUGGAUUGUCUCAAGGGUGAAGGAGGAGGCUCAGCAUUCCAGAGAAUUCUGGACAAAGUGCACAGUGGGAGCCUGGAUGUGCAGGCGGCCUUGUCUCUGAUGAGACUAUACCAGGAGUCUGCACCUGCAGAGACUGCGUCUCAGGUCCAGCCACAAGGGAGCGCAGGGGAGGGAAAGACCUUGUCUGUUCUGUUACUGGAACACAAAGAGGACCUGAUCCAGUGUGUAACACAGCUCAGACCUAUUGUGGAGUUCCUGAAAACAGCCAAGGAGGAAUUCCUGCCUGGCUCCGAAAAAAGGGCGAUUCUGAACUGCUGUGAGGGCAGAACACCCAAGGAGACGAUAGAGAGUUUGCUGCACAGAGUGGCUGAAGAGAAGACCCUGCCUGCCGAGAGCCUGGUAAAACUCCUCCAGGCUGUGAGGACAGCAUUCCCAAACCUUGGCCUCCUGCUGGAGAAUUUGCAGAAAGUGGCAGAGUCACCCGGCACCACAGCCCACCCUAGCCCUGAUGGUUACGGCGCUGAGUUAUUGAAAAAGUACCAUGAAAAUUUGUCUGAGAUUCUCACAGACAACCAGGUGCUGCUAAAGGUGAUUGCACGUGUGAAGAGCUUAGCCCCAGGAGACAAAGAGGUCAUGGAGACACUCGUGAAACAGGACUCUGGCUCCGGGGGCUUCAGUUCCCUGCUCUCAGCAGCUCUGGAAAGGCAGACUCUCUCUGCAACAGCCAUUUGGCAACUGCUGCUAGCGGCUCAAGAGACCAAGACCUGCCCUGUGAACCUGCUCUUGGAGGAAGUAGGAAGGGAACCUGGCGCUGGGGCUUUCUUCCGGGCAGUGACUGCCCCAGAGAGCGCUGUGUUGGAAGCAGUCCUGAGGCAUAGCAAGCUGGUCACAGAGGCCAUCCAGCAGGCGGCGGGGCUAGAGCACUUUUCUACAGAGGAAGAGCACCUGGCUGAGAUUGUGAAAGAGAUGCUGGCCAUGUCCUCCGAGACAAUGAGCUCUGAAGCCUCCCUGAGAGCAGUGCUGAGCAGGGCCACAGAGAAAUCUGCCUCCGCCACUGGGGUCUGUCACCUCCUGUGCAGUAUCCACAAGUCUUUCCCUGGCCUGCAACCCCUUAUGCAGGAGUUGGCACUUGUUGGUUUCCUUACCACGGAAAACGGAGAGGAAAGGUGGAAGGUGACUGACAGGUUUCACCCUGGAGCCAAGGACAAAGAGGAGAAAGCAGCCAAGGCAGCCAGAGAAGACUGCCAGCCCAUGGAACAAAAGGAUCAGGGUGAGCCUGGGUCCGUGCCAGAGCCACAGGAGAAGGAUACUUCUGCCUCCCCGGACUCUGCCAAGAAGAGCUUUGUCUGCAAAGCCUGUGACAAGAGCUUCCAUUUCUACUGCCGUCUGAAGGUGCACAUGAAGCGCUGCCGGGUGGCCAAGAGCAAGCAGGUGCAGAGUAAGGACAGCAGUGAGACCAAGGACUCCGCGAAGGGGCUGGAGAAGCAUCAGCUGGAGGCCCGCAGUGUGAGUGGAGAGCCUGAUACCCCCAAGAAGAAGAAGAAGCGCCUGCCAGUGACAUGUGACCUCUGCGGAAGAGAGUUUGCCCAUGCCUCAGGCAUGCAGUACCACAAGCUGACGGAGCACUUUGACGAGAAACCUUUCUCCUGUGACGAAUGUGGAGCAAAGUUUGCAGCCAACUCUACCCUAAAGAACCACCUGCGCCUUCACACCGGGGACCGCCCAUUCAUGUGCAAGCACUGCCUCAUGACCUUCACGCAGGCCUCAGCCCUGGCUUACCACACCAAGAAGAAGCACUCAGAAGGCAAGAUGUACGCAUGCCAGUACUGUGACGCUGUGUUCGCCCAGUCUAUUGAGCUGUCUCGGCAUGUGAGGACCCACACGGGGGACAAGCCAUAUGUCUGCAGGGACUGUGGAAAGGGCUUUCGGCAAGCCAAUGGCCUCUCUAUCCACCUGCACACCUUUCACAACAUAGAAGAUCCUUAUGAUUGUAAGAAAUGCAGGAUGAGCUUCUCCACGCUGCAGGAUCACCGCAAGCACAUCCACGAGGUGCACUCCAAGGAGUACCACCCCUGCCCCACAUGUGGGAAGAUCUUCAGCGCCCCUUCCAUGCUGGAGCGGCACAUGGUGACCCACGUUGGAGGGAAGCCCUUUAGCUGUGGGAUCUGCAACAAGGCCUAUCAGCAAUUGUCUGGUUUGUGGUACCACAAUCGGACACACCACCCAGAUGUGUUUGCUGCUCAGAACCAUCGGUCACCGAAGUUCUCAUCACUGCAGUGCAGCUCCUGUGACAAGACCUUUCCCAACACCAUGGAACACAAGAAGCACAUGAAAGCAGAGCACGCAGAUCUGAAGUUCCAUGAGUGUGACCAGUGUAAGGAGCUCUUCCCCACACCAGCUCUGCUGCAGGUUCACGUCAAAUGCCAGCAUUCAGGGUCGCAGCCAUUCCGGUGCUUGUACUGUGCGGCCACUUUCCGCUUCCCUGGAGCGCUACAGCACCAUGUCACCACAGAGCACUUCAAGCAGUCAGAGAGCACCUUCCCCUGUGAGCUCUGUGGUGAGCUCUUCACCUCCCAGGCCCAGCUUGAUGGCCACUUGGAGUCUGAGCACCCAAAGGCCACAGGCACGGAGACCCAGGCAGCCACUUCUCGCGUGGUACAGGUGAUCCAAGCUCCAGAGGCAGCGGCCCCGGCUGAGCAGGUGAUCACUUUGGAGGAGACGCAGCUUGCUGGCUCACAAGUGUUUGUAACCUUACCAGAGUCACAGACCUCUCAGAACAGCUCUGAGCUUGUGGCAGUGACUGUGGAGGAUUUGCUGGAUGGUACUGUCACCCUGAUCUGUGGUGAGGCCAAGUAAGUGGCUGCUCCUCCAGUAGAGUGGGCCUGUACUGUACCAGAGAGAACGCUCAUGGCCCGCCUGCCUCUACCCCUAGCUGCUUGGCCCAGCUUUACCCUGGUGCUCUCACUCGAAAAACAGAGGCUUUGUUGUUUUCCAAGGAUCCAGUGUCUGAGCCGGCCACACUGACACCAGCACUGUCACCCUGCAUGGCAGACAGCCUCAGUCCUCCAGGACACAGCUCAGGCCUGGAUUCCACCUAUCCCCAGGGAUAUCUGGCUUCUGAAAUCAGAGU